CCAUUUUUCUAGUAACAUUCAACUCGUUAACAUUGAACAGUUAAAAUGUGGCGCUGGCUCGUAUUGAUGGUUUUAUUAGGGACACCCCUUGCUGCAGAGCCUUCCUGUCCCGUGUGUUCCAAGUAUGACUACGAAGUAAGCCUUCUCGAACGAGUGCUAAGCAAUGAACUGGCACUGAAAAACACCCUGGACAAAAUAAGUGAAACACACGCGAAAGUUGAGGACACUUUAAAAGCGAUACAAGGGGAGAAUGUGAAGCUAAACCACGCAAUGACUGCACUGGAAAUUAAGAAGAAGGAGAUGGACGAAAGGCUUAACAAUUCCAUCAACUCCGGGAUCACAAAUGUAUCUGAAACUAUUUCCGAAAUGAAAACAAAUGUGCAGGUUCUCGUAGCAAAGACAGAGAAAGAACUCGAGGCAAUGAAAGAACAAAUUGUCGUGCCUCUGGUGAUUUUCCACGCUCGACUUCAUAUUGAGGCUAAACACACACUCACUGGCAACCAGGUUGUUGUGUUCAAGACCGUUCUGGUUAACGAAGGUCGAGGAUAUGACCCUACCACUGGACACUUUACGGCGUCUGUAGCUGGAGUGUACAUGUUCACAGUGCAGUACUGUCCUUAUGUAGCUGUGGGUAUUUACCUUGAAAUUACACAUGAAGGGAAACCGUUGCAGAGAUCAAAUCACUACGAAAAAGAUUCGUAUGUCUGUGUCAGCAUGCAGGCCUUCGCUAAAGUUGCGAUGGGGGAAAAGGUCUGGGUGCGGUCUCUAUAUUCGGGUGACCUUAACCAUAAUGAGCCGUAUCAGUGGAACAGCUUUGCUGGGUUCCUGGUGCAUUUAUAAUUAUUUAAUGCGAUAUGUUGCCCGAUAAACAUGUCAAUCAUAGGAUAUACUAUAGAAUCAUUAGACACAACAUAUUAACCAUAGAAGCAGUUUACAAACAUAUUAAUUGUUUGGUAUAAUAACGUUCAAACUUUCGUGCAAAUUUAUUGAAAAUUGAUAUAUUAGGCAAUGCUAAUAUAAUUUAAUAUUUAAUAUUUAGUUACAAAACCAAAAGCACAUGUAAACUGUAUUCAAAAGUGACGUAAGGAUUAUGUUUGACACUUUAUUUCUGCAGACAUAAAAUGUCUAAAAUAGUUCGGUGACUUUUUCUCCAAAUUUAAUUUCACCAAAAUACUGGCAUUUUCGAAAUGAACAUAAACAAUAACAAUGGAGUUAUUUUACACUUAAAUAGCAAUAAAAGGUUUAUGCACAAAAAAAUUUCAGAGGUCAAACGUCUGGAAUGAUGUUAAACAAAUCGUUUAAAUGCUGAGACGAAUCGAAGUCUGAUUUUUUAUAAAAAUAUGUCAAGUGAACAUAUAUAACAGGCAUUAUGAAAAGUGGACGACCUUAAAGUGAUUUGGGUUUCCAUCGGUAUGUGACUUCUGUUUCGCUUGCAAUACUAUCAAAGCCUUGCUUUUCUGUAGUAAUAUAUGUUUUUGUAAAUAUGUUUUAUUUUAAUUUUAUCAAAUCGAUUACCAAAUUUACUUUUUUAAAGAGCAUCUUGACCAAGACAGAAAAUGGAAAUAUCAGUUUUACAUGUUUUUGCAACGCAUUUAUUAUUGUACGAAAGAAGGCUUGUUAUACAUUUUUCAUUCUCUUCAGUGCUAAACAUUGUGUACUUAAUCAUAUACUUAUAUAAAGAUGCAAUUAUUUUCCCGUAUAAUAAUGCAUUAAAAUGGAACACAUAUGGAUGGAUUGAAAAUUUUUAAUUAAUUGUCUUUGUGUUGGUGCAUAACUAUUCAAAUUGGACCUGUGCAGACAAUCUGGAAAACUUAUAUGGUACUUAUAAUUGCUUUCUAAAUGGAAAAUGCUUAUAACAUAUUCAAUAUCUAAAGAUAUAACAUUGUAACCAUUUGAUGUUUGUAUACAUCUUUUAGCCAAGUGAAGCUCGAUUAGUCAUUGUCGGCUCGGGUACUACUUACCUGUACCCCGGGUACUCUAAAGUAUACUUACAUGUACCCCAGGUACGGUAAAUAUACUUGAACGUACCCGGUCGAUAUUAGACUGUACCCGAGUUGUAUUCCCGCCCAAAAUCCGACGUUAUAAAACGCGCUACCUAUUACCGUAAAACGAUAUUGUUUAUCUUUUUUACAAACUUCUCUUUAAAAAAAAUCCUGCAUCAACAUGCUUUUUGAGUAUGAGUUUCGAUAAUAUAGAGGCCAUUUAACAGAAAAUUUACAUAAAUGUGAACAUAAUUAAAACA